AACCCGUAGACCAAGCCACCGCAGCCUUCCAGCGCGCCACCCUCAACGAUGGCCCAGCUCACCCCGUCCUCCGCCCACACAACGCUGCAUCCGGCCACAUGCAAAACGGUGCUCGCCCUCCCCCGCCAUCUCUCGCUGCCAAGGCCGGCCCCGGCGGCAUGAAGCGCAACAGACCGGGCUUCAAACUCAGUGACAUCACUGGCGAUCCCAACGGCCCUGGUCCCUCUGGCGGCGCUGCUGGUGCAGGCCUCGGAGCAGGCGCACCCUCACUCGCGGAGGACUCUCCCUCAUGGCCCCCUCGACGACCACAGGACAGCUUCGGCACCCCAUUUUCUAAUUUUGGGAAGAUCGUUGAUCCGAGCGGCGCGUUGAAUUUCGGAGGCAAAGCUGUCCUACACGCUUCCGGCGUCGACUUUUCGAACGGUUCUUCCUUCGCGAUCAAUAUGACUCAGCUACAACUCGAGGACGAGCUCGGAAGAGGCGCGUACGGGACGGUAAAGAAGGUCCUCCAUAAACCGACUAACGUCGCUAUGGCCAUGAAGGAAAUCCGACUAGAGCUCGAUGAAUCGAAGCUCAAUGGCAUCAUCAUGGAGCUCGAUAUUCUACAUCGCGCUAUGCACUCCUCCAUCGUCGAGUUCUACGGUGCCUUCUUCAUCGAGUCGUGCGUUUACUACUGCAUGGAGUAUAUGGACGCCGGCAGUCUCGAUAAGCUCUAUGGGGCGGGCGUGCCAGAGGAUGUGUUGGCGAGGAUCGUGAGCAGUAUGGUGAAGGGGCUCAAGUUUUUGAAGGACGAUCUGCAGAUCAUCCAUCGAGAUGUGAAACCGACGAAUGUGUUGGUCAAUCGGAAAGGACAGAUCAAGCUCUGUGAUUUCGGUGUAUCGGGUCAACUCGAAAAAUCACUAGCAAAGACCAACAUCGGCUGUCAAUCCUACAUGGCGCCCGAACGAAUCAAAGGCGAGUCCCAAAACUCACUCACGACCUACACCGUCUCCUCCGACGUCUGGUCCCUCGGGCUCGCCACGAUCGAGAUCGCGAUCGCGAACUACCCGUACCCGCCCGAGACGUACUCGAACGUGUUCGCGCAGCUGACGGCGAUCGUCCAUGGCGAUCCGCCCGAGUUGCCGGAGGAGAAGUAUUCGAGGGUGGCGAGGGAGUGGGUCGCUUGGUGUCUUGUGAAGAGGCCGGAGGGGAGGGCGAGUUAUACGGAGUUGAUGAGCCAUCGAUGGAUGAGAGAAGACGCGGAACGGGAAGUCGAUAUGCCAGGUUGGGUAGAGACGGCGCUUGCGUGGCGGGUGGCGAAUAAAGAGAAGGUGGAGAAGGAGAAGGACCAAAAGGCGAGAGAGGCCGAGUCGGCUUCUUCGUAAAGCGACGGGUUGGAGGGCUCUGGGGGAAAGAGGAAAAGCUAUGAAUUUUGGCCAUCGGGACUGGGGGAAGAGAUACGGUCGUUCCGCCCUGGAUGGUUGGUGAGGUCUUGAUGGCUUGGUUUUGGUGAUGUGUUGUGGGAGGCCCAUCGUGGUUGGGGGAGGGGAAGGGAAUCAAUGUGGAGGGGAGGGGAGGUGGGUGUGGUAGGUGUGUAGGGCGUGAACGGAGUGGGGCGCUUGUUUUUUUUUCGCGCUCAGCGUCGCGCUGCGGCCGCCUGCGUCUAUGGCCAGUCAAGAAAUUCGCGAAGACUUGCCGUGGAUGGUCGGUCGUCGAUAUCGUGGCACGAUGACCUCGAUUGACUCUCUCGCCUCUUACCUCUGGUUCCACGCGAUCAUCCCAACUUCAAACACCAUUCUGUUUUGCUCAUCUUGUCACCCGCUCACCCUGACCCACCCACCUGCCCAUAUGCAAGUCCCCGCCCUCUGGCUGGUCCGUCUCAUCGCAUCGUCUCUGCUAUACACGCAAUCUACAUCUUCGCAGGUGAUGUCUUUGGGAUAGAGAAUGGGAAUGGCUAGGUAGAUGGAUGGAUGGAUGGAUGGAUGGUGCUUGGGGAGGUGUGGGGUGGAAGCGUGAACGCUCCUCGUUCGUCGAGACACUAUAUCUGGAGGAAAGUAGGAAUAGGACGAGGCCGGCUGCGCGGGACGAUACCGUCGGGGUUGACAAACUUGAUUAUCUGUGAUGGAUGGCGGAUACGGGUUGUCGGUCUUGGAUUAUCUUUCUUUGGGGAUCGGGAAGGGUAUGGGAGAUGAUGGUGGGUGCGGUGGUGUGUGGGCUCUUUGUCGUCGUCGUUCUCGCUGUGCUCGACGGCCUUGAUGGCUAUCGGGUUUCGGGUUUAUCAUGAUGAUGUGGUGUAUACGUACGGACGCUACGUUACGACCACUUUUCGAUGCGAUACUGACUUUCUGGGCGAUGGUUUACUCAGUAUUGGGGGUUUUAUUUACACGUAUUGAUCAUGGACUCGGACGGUUAUAUAUUGUAUUCCCUUUUUUACAUACAUUUUUCAUCCACUUGUUUGUGUUUCUUCAAUGUGUGUUUGUGUUUCUUCAAUGUGUGUGUCUGUGUGUGUUGUUUGUGUGUCUUUGUUCACGUGUUCUUCUCAUCCCAUCCCAUUUCGCCUCAUCUCAUUCUCAUUCUCGUCUCAAUCUCAUUCUUGUCUCGUCUCAUUCUCAUUCCCAUCCCUUCCCGUCUCAUCUCCUCUCAUCUCGUCACAUCCGUGCAAUCUAGUAUCUUACCCGCUGCUUCCCUGCUAUCGGUCAUCUGUCACCUCUCAAUCUCUGCUUCGCUUUGCAUUGUUUGGAAGUAUGUACUGUAUCAUAUGAUAUUGAUAUGUUUGACUUUUUUUGUGCGUUCG